CACACAUGAUACACCCCCAGUGGCUGCCACAUACUCCAGAUGCCACUGUGCCUCCAUGGCGCAGAGGGUAUUUGUGGCCUGACUUCGCCCUCCUAUGUACAGUACGCAAUGGCCAAAUAAAGCAAGGCCCCUUCUAUUUUCGUCUGCAUUCUAGAAAUAUCGGCUCCUCUCCCACUGCCGGAAUCCGCUCCAUUGCUCGAAGCGGCCAAGUCCGUGGCGUUUCACAAAAACCGGACAUCUACAGGAGACCGUCUUCUGCAUUGUGGACGGGUCUCGUCUCUUCACGCCGACAUAGAUAGUGGACCAAAUUCUCAGCCAUGUCCAGGGGGUUCGGAUCGUCCCUGUCCAGCCGGCCAAGGCUGCAGUCGCGACUUCUGGACGACGACUUCUUCGAUAGGUUCUUCGAGCGGGACGACGAUUUCUUCAGGGACGACUUUUUCCAGCGCGACGUUCAAAAGGAGGACGACUUGUUCGGCGACGACUUCUUCCAGAACGCCUUCGACAGCCUGAGAAACGAACUCGUGCCGAAGCUUGGCGCCAGCGCGUUCGGACAACUGUUCAAGGAUGCGCUGCACGAGCGGCUGGAGGACGACGGCGGCGGAGAAAUCAGCGCCGUGGAAGCGCCGCAGAUGCCGGUGGAGGGGACGUUCGUUGCCGUUCCCGAGAGAGGUGUGUACGAGCUGAUCUUGAACCUGAGAGACUUCGCUUACGGAGACAUCGACGUGAAAACGUUGGACAACAAGCUGAUCGUGCACGGCACGCAGCAGCAGGACUCGGCCGGCGGCAUGCAGGCCAGCCGGGAGUUCAGCAGGGAGUUCACGUUACCGACCGGUGUGGACGCCCUGGCCCUCACAGCCUCCAUCACGGAGAAGGGCGAGCUCUCCGUGGAAGUGCCCAUCCCGACAGACCACAAGCCCGCGCUGCAGGAGCACGCCGGGCCCCCGUCUUACGACGAGAUCCAGAAGAGGAAAGAGGCGGAGGCGAAAGCGUCUGAGAGCGCGUUCGACGAGCGGGACCACCCGCCGGAUUACUGUUACGGUCAGCCGCCUUCUUACGACGAGAUCACGGGAAACAACGCAGCGGCCGCUACGGCGAGGGAAGAAGUUCAGAUUCAACCAGAGGUUCCGAAAGAGAAAAAGAGGUCCCAGCUGUUCAUCGAGCUGUCCUCGCCUACAAACAACCACCAAGCAGCGCCGGAGAAACCGCAGACCCCACCCCCCAGGAUCAGGACGCCCCCUGCCCCCCCACCCCGGGACUUGACCCAGUCGCAGGUCUACGCGCCCGUGCAGGGGAAGGUCACGCCGCCACCUGUGAUUUCCGAGGCAACCCUGCCGCCGCCGCCGACGAGAAAAGUGCCGCCGCCGGUGCCUCUUAAAAACAAGACGCCGUCGGUGAGCCAAGACAUUCAAGCGGCGCCUGCUGCAGUUUCCACUCCGAAACAACGCAGCCCGCCACCGACUCAAACUGCAGCAGUAACAUCACCUGUACCGCCACAAGUCACUCCUACACAGCCAACAGGAGCGUUUGCAGCGGCAUUCGAGGCAACUGCAGCGACAAAAACACCUUCACCAAAGCCACCGUCACCCAAGGCUAGUCCCGUGGAAAGAGCACUGCCACCGCCCAAGUUUGCACAGGAAUUUGAGGCCCCGAAACUACCAUCGCCUGUUGAAAAAGCCCCGCCAGCGAGAGUGGCCCCCACUCCAGUUUCCCAACCAUCCAAGCCACCUGUUACCCCAGUAUCCCCCUCAUCAGUACCACCACCUGCCAGAAUCCCUCCAUCCGCAGCAUCAGCAAUGCCAUCACCUCCUCCAUCCGCAGCGUCAGUGAUGCCACCACCUCCUCCAUCCGUAGCCAUCAGCACAAAACCACCAACACCAAAAUCUCCACCUGCAGACACCACAGUACUACCUCCUCCCCCAUCCCCCGGUACCCUCCCCUCUCCUCCUCCUCCUGAGGACCUCAGCUUCCCUCCUCCUCCUCCAGAGGCAGACUUUCCUCCUCCUCCUCCACCUGAACCAUCCCUCCCCUCCCCGCCUGCCGCAUCAUUCCCACCACCCCCUCCACCCAUGGCCGCCAUGGCACCACCCCCUCCCCCUGGGGUCAUACCUACACCACCCCCACCCCCUCCCCCUGGCAGGGCGGGGGCAGUCCCCCCACCCCCUCCUCCCCCACCCAUGGUAGCAGCUCCUACGCGUGUGCUCAAGCUGCCGGCCAGAAAGCCGCGACCAAAAGUGGAGGUGAAGGAGCCUGAGCGCGAGCGGAAGAUCUUCACGAAGGGGUGCGGCGGUGGGGAGAUGAGCUCCGCCAAGAAAAGGAUUGGGCUGAUGUUGGACGAUGUCCUCCGCAGACAUAACGAGAAACACGCGGGAAAACCACUGAUGAUGCAGGCUAACAGGAGGGUAUGA